AUGGUUAGAAAAACAAGAAGUGAUAAAAAAGAUACAAUCUGUAAACGUUGUAGUCAUGAAUGCUCAACACCUCAAAAACUUUGUGAGCAUCUUAAGCGAAAAAAUCCAUACAAACCAUUACAAAAGCAAAAGGAAGUAGCUUUUAUUCAAAUGCCAAUUCAGGUGCCUAUUCAAAAAACUAACCAACAGGCUAUCCAAGCUUCCAAAAUCAAAGCACAGAUAAAAAGCUCUAAUGUAAAUAUGAGCAACAAGGAGAAAUCACAUGUAAUAAUCCCAACUCUAGUUCCUGAGCUAGAAUCCGAAAAGAAAGCUCCAAUACUUGGUAUCGAUUACAUCACUGAAGAAGAAGCAAAAAACUGGAUCAACCCAAAUAAUCAAAAGUCUAAAGAACACUAUAGAUUUUGGAGAGCUAGAUUGCUAAGACGUGGAAAAGAACUUGGUCUAGGAGAUCAUGAUAUGCCAGAAAAUUUACAUGAAUGUCAAACUCUUUGUCAUGAUCUCGAACAACAUGAUCCAGAGGCAGUUCGCCUACCAACAUUAAAAGAGUUAGAGUCUGAAGGCGAUACUGGACCUAAGAAUUUGAUCAAUAAAGAAUUUAAGCGCUUAGAAGAAAUUAAGGGGCACAAAAAGUCAGAGAAGGAUUUAGAAUUUAAGGAACAAGAAGAAUUGGGAACAGCGGUUAAAAGAAGAGUUAUAGUUGUACAUCAUGCAAAUGUCCUCAAAUCCUAUCCAGAUAAUGGAAGUGAUAUACAAAAAAUGUUAGAAAGCUGA